AUGGACCCCUCAUUCAUGGAAAAGCAAUGGGAUGAACUCCCCGAUCCCAAACGCGUCUGGAUAGGCCAACCGGGCAGCCGAGAAGAGGGCCUAGGCCGUCUCGUCCUCCUGACGCCAGAGCGGGUGGCUUCAGCCGCACAGACACAGAUCGAGACUGGGAUCCGCGUCAAUCUCGGUUGGGAUCUGAAUAAGCUUGAGUUUGCGUGCUUUAACCGGCAGCCGUGCGAGCUUAAGAUGGUGCCGCUGUUGGAUGGCGUUGCUUUUGAUGAUAUUUACGUUAUGAAUCCACAGCAGAGUAGCCAGUGGGAUGGGUUGAGACACUUUUCUAUGCCGAAGGAGGAGGGGAGUAAAGAGAGGGUAUUUUAUGGGGGGACGACGAAGGAGGAGAUUUUGGAUAGGACUAAUGAUCGUAUCGGUAUUCAUCAUUGGGCUCAAGAGGGAAUAACAGGUCGCGGGGUUCUAAUCGACUACGCAUCAUGGGCUGAAAGGAACGGCAUCACCUACUCAACCUUCUCUCUACACACCAUCAAACUCAGCGACAUCCACCAGAUCGCCAAUGAAUGCAACAUUACCUUCCAACGCGGCGACAUUCUUCUUGUCAGAAUCGGUGUCAUCAAAGAAUGGGAGCAUGUUAUGGAUGUCGAUGCCAAGAAGGCAUAUGCUGCUACUACAAGUCCUCAACACGCAGGCGUUGAAGGAACAAUGGAUGUGCUGAAGUGGAUAUGGAACACGGGCUUUGCAGCGGUGGCGGGCGAUGCUAUCAGCUGGGAGGUAUACCCGCCAAGUGAGGGGGGUGUUUUGAUGCAUGAGUAUAUGUUGGCGGGAUGGGGGAUGCCGAUUGGUGAAUUGUUUGAUCUAGAGAGAUUGGCCGAGACAUGUAAGCAAUUGAACCGCUGGACAUUCUUCAUGUCAUCUACGCCGUUCAACAUGAAAGGCGGUAUAUCCUCGCCACCCAAUGCACAAGCAAUCUUCUAG